AUGUCUGCCUUCAAGAGUAGACUUCGUCUUUAUCUUAACACUGACUCCUUUACUUUCGUCAUCUUCCCCAUCCAGCUCUCUCUCCGAAACUUUGAAAAAGACAACGGAGCAUUAAGUACCCCGCCAAAAAUCGCCUUACCCGUUCUCAUUGCGCUUUACCGGCAUGAUUUUGUUUUUCAGGAUCUCUCGGCAGUGUCAAAGUCCCAAUUCAUUCUCGAUCGUAAUGUAGGUGUGCCACCACUUAGCAUCUCCAGGGAUAACAAAAUGACGUUUAGUUGUCACUUGCUGAACUGUCUUUAUGGUUUCAUUCUACUAUCAGUAUUAACCUACGCCAGUCCUCUAUACCCAUUCGCGAAGUAACAUUUUUCCUCGCAUACUUUUUGAAAGUGAUGUUUCCCUAAAUUCUCGCUCACUGUCAAUUUCUGGAGCUUAUUCCGUGCCUCGUUUGGAGCCCACCAUUUCUUUCUAUAAGCUUUGAAUUUGGAAAUUUUCGAUAGUUCUAUCAUUUUUAACGUACGGGAAAGGGCGAAUUGCCGGCGGACGUUACCAAAUGACCAUUUCACAUGGCUCAAUUUCCGAAGUUCACUGUACAUCUGGCUGCUCACACAGACAAUUGCUGACCACACUGUCUGUAUUCUAACAAUUAGUUGAGUGUUUAAUUUGUUUGGAGAGUGACUUCUAAGGGCAGAAGAACUAAAAUGUCAUCAUAUGCUUUGGUGGUGGUAAUGGGGACACCACUGUUGGGGUUUUUGCACUUUCCGAGUCAAUAGUGCAACAUUGCCCGCGAGUGAUUGUGACACCAUCAUAGACUCGGACAUACGCGCAUUUACUCACGAAAUCGGUCCUAGUCCGAGGACAGUGGUCCCCACAUAUUAUCAUGAUAACCAGUAUCCAUCCUGCACCUGUGUUUUGUAUCUAGCAGCCGACAGAUAGGUCGUUUGCACUGUCGGAGAUAUUUCACUGCGCGCGGACGGCCACGCCGUCUUGUCGUUCAGCAUUUGAUUCAUUCACGGCAGAUGUCUUCAGCAUCCCGAGUACCUAAAGCUACACUAGCGUAUUAGUUUAUGAGUUGUGAGAAAUACGGCUUCCUGACUCCACUAUUUAAGUUGAUUCUUUGGAGGCACGCUGUGUAUUAAUGCACGCUGAUACAUUAAGCAGAGCAUGGCUGCCGUUGAUUAGUAUCUAGUCAUAAAAAUGAGCACAUAUUAAGAACGCGUCAACCCGGUGGACAGCACGGUGGACCAGACUGUGCAACUGCAUAACACAGAAGCUGUGACACCAACGUCGAGGACAUUGGCUACCGCAAAAUAUCGUAGACGGAAGGGGAAGAGCGAGUCGAAUAUGACGGAUUUGGAUGUCACUGCAUUUAAAUAUUAGCUAAGUCAGCCACAACUCGACCAAAAGGUUCCAAAGUUGCUCGUUAAUAUAUAAAGACCAUCCAGUGCAUAACUGUGCGUUGAAACUACAGAAGUACCCGGACUGUGUUCGACGAGAAGAUAACAUCCGCACUCAUCCCCAGCUAGCUCGGAUUUUUCUCGCAGACAAUCAAACACGUGCCUUCAUUUUCAUCUCCGGAAGACAUUUCCGGAUAGGAAAAAGGUAUUUCGGACAACGGACAUCGAAGGGCAUUCGCCAUGGUCAGACGCAGAUCGACGUGCGCAAACGCUUGGGUAGUAUCUUGAGACUUGCAUCCGGUCUACCUUCACUACAAUGGGAAUCCUGAGAAAGUAGCUAGAUAGUCAGGAAUUUAUAGUGGUCGUUUUUAAAACUCUAGCAGGGCUUUCGACAUGCUUAACAGCCGAAUACACCUGAUUAGCGGCUUAUACGCCUAUGACUGUGAUUUAAACGAGCUGAAGUGCAGACGAUCAAGGGAAUAGAUGACCUUGGAGGGUUUGCAGCGCACUAAUCGAUUGAGAGAGGAGUCAGUCAUUGCUCAGUGGACUUGUACGUACUGGGUCUCGCUUCAGUAGUCAGGAACUCGGUGCGUCAAGCGGAUCCAGAUUAGGUUUGGCAUGGCAGUUUGCCGGUGUGUAUGCUUUUUCUCAUGGACUCCCUCCCAAUAUCAGAUUUUCUGUAUCGUACGAUGCAGGGACGUCCCCGCACCGUCUGCUUGGCAUAUGCUCGCCUUUUUUAUUUGACCACAACGCUAACUCUCUCAUAGAUCGAGACGUUCUUCCAAGCGAAUCGAUUAUCCUUCUUAAUUGUAUUUUUAGGAAUCCCCCACAACCAAACUCGAGUUUGGCAAUGACCAUUACCUGAGUAUUCAUAUGAGUACUCAGUUAUCAGAUGGACACAACUUUGCGCCUAACUCGUCCACUGCACCCACUUAUAAGUAGACGAUCAUGGUCAUGGCGCAUGCAUGCGCCAUUCUCAUCGGUCUCAAUCACUACACGCCGCAGGGACGCUUUCUGAAGGUUGUUUAUCUACUUUGGGAAAUUUUACGCUCAGGACCCUGUAGAUCAGGAUGAGAGCAAAACAGAGGGUCACUUAAAUGAACGGGACACCAAGGUAGAUGAAUGGAAUAAGGGCGGGCAUCUGAAUGAGGUUCGGGCGGGAAAUGGGAUGAAGCUAGACUGGUAAUAAGACGAACUUAGCGUAAGAAAGCCAGCGCUAAACUACCUCUGCAGCUUUGCAAGCAAGCGAACUCAGACGCUUUCUGCAGUGAGGUAUACUGUUUCCGACCAAACGCUCGGAGUCCCAGACACCCCUCAGAACGUUUGUUCUCAUUUUAUAUUCUGGAUGGAUGCCACGGUUGUUCGGCAGCUUGUGUCCAUGGACAUUCCGCUAGGCUCUUCGUGGUCAACUUUCUUCCAGACUCUCGUUAAUACCUUCGAGCCCAAACAACCUCCUGCCCUAGCCACCGAACCGUUCUAAAGUUAACGCCAAGCUACAAUGCAAUUAACCGACACUUACGCCGGUGCUUGUUGAUGGUUAGCUCCGACUUUUCCUGUCACCGUAAGCCCGAAAUGUUCAAAGAGUAUGUUCUGGAGCCCAAGAACAUCGAACUCUUCGGAGUUUAUUCGAGGACGGUACGCCUUGCUGAAGAAGACUCAUGAGGUCACGCACGACUGAAAAUUUGCAGUGAUGGCCUACCUCCAGCUUCUUCCCCUCAGGUCGCCCUGUUUCUCUUCUAAAAGAAGUUCAUAUGGUUGCAGGCCCUUUUUUCACAUGCCAAAUUUUACGCUCAUUUGAAACCGUCCCGUGCAUUUAAGCACCUGUCUGGCCCGGUCUGGAUUUUGUCGUCUGUAUUGCAUGCGUCCUUUUCUGGCCUCCCAUUUCGGAAAAUAAACAAUUUCGCGCAUCCAUAGUUUGUGUUUAAGCUUUUGUCUUUACCUAUAAGCAAAAUGGUUCUUUCCCAAAUUGCAAUGUCAUCAUGGAGUAAUCCCAUUGUUAUUUAACCGUCUGUCGUUUUAGCCUCCCGCCCGACCUCGCAUUCAUUGACAAUUUGGGACCAUCCACUAUGUCUACGUUGAUUGUCUUUGCGAUUAUUGGAAUCAUCACCGUAGCUUUUCUCGCGUUUUACUUCAUUCGACCAUUCAUAACCUUUUAUCUGUUACGAUUCUGCCUCUCUAAACGGGCAGACCUGAAAAAAGCUGGCGAUUGGGCUAUUGUAACUGGGGCGACAGACGGCAUUGGCAAAGCGUUCGCCCACGAGUUGGCUCGGGAUGGAAUGAACGUCUUCCUUAUAAGCAGGUCAACUGAGAAACUAACCAAGGUGGCUGACGAAAUCCAGUCCCUUUUCAAGGUGGAGACCAAGAUUUUCACCGCCGACUUCACUACUGUAAGUUCCAUGCCCUUGAAAUCAGACUACUUGCUCAUAGUCAACCUACAUUCACUUUUAUUAGUUGACUGUCUUUUUAAACUACCUUAAUAAUAAUGAUGCAGAAGUUAUGGCUUGUGUUGACAAUUCAGCAAGAUCAACUGUAUCUGUAAAUAGUUCACGAUGUCGGUUGUAUCAACGCUCCUGCAUACUUGUACUUGUCAUGGCUGUGAUCAUGCCUGUCCUAGCCGGUGUCGAUGAUGUCGGUAAUUGUAUCUCUCAAUGCGUAACGAUGUGCGGCAACGAAAGUGGGAUGCUCGACUAGUUCUCUCCUACAGCUACGAAGACCAAAUACCGAGGACCAAAGAAACAUUUCCAUGUCUUGACGGAGUGUGCUGACCCGAUUUUGACCUCGUCUUUUCAACCCUUACAGAUAUUCAACGGCGCCGGAUGUGCUACAUUGACGCAUGCGACAGACAACUGAAAAUGUGUUAAAACCACCUCAGUUGUGUUUCUCAGAUCCAUUGUGGUAUCUUUGUAGUGCAGCAUCGAGUCAAAUCUAUCUAGUUUGGGGAAACUCCGUGUAUUUUAUUCGAAAGACGCUUUUUAGACGACAGUAAUCAAACACCUACUUUUCGCCAAUCUUUUAUGCGCACAGCCCGACAUUCUCAGGACAGACCGAAUGAAUGCCCGAUACAUGGUGAAGUUUGUGGCGGUGGCUUCCACGCUGGGCCUGCGGUAACUUUCCAAGUAUUCUUAGGCCCUGCGAUUAGCAUUGAUUAUUGAGAUAAUGUCGUGAUAACUCUACCCAUUUAAUAGCAACUUCCCCUUUAGUUAUUUGAGACUCUACGUCUCCGAGUUGACUGCUACUAAUCCCUUGGCGUGUCCUCUCCUAAUCAGGGAUGCAGCGCAAAAACACUGGUUUUUUUUAUCUGUUUAGGAUAAACCGAUUGAGUUAGAUAGCUAACCAACCCCCGAUAGCAUAUUCUUUAAGUCAUCAUAAUUUAACGUCAAAAAUGACAUCGUCAGUGUAGUUGAGGUAGAUCUUUAGUGCAAUGUUUACAAGACGUAUGUCUAGGUAAUGUUGGCACAUUGUCUGUGAAGGCGGAGGCAAGGAUAACCGAGAUCCAGUAGUCGGGUACGAGCUCAUUUCCUCACGCUUGGUCAGUUUUCUUACUGUGUUGGUGACUUCUCCCUGAUAAAGCAGUCACAGGACAUUGUGUGGGAUUUAGAGGGAUGAAACUGCUGCAAAGUAGAGAGGGGUGUGCUGAAUUGGUAAGCUAAUUGGAGUAGGUGUUCAAAGUGUUCAGACCAGCGUUAAGCAGUGGAGCAGUGGAGCCGCCAUUUGCGUUGCGAACACUCAAUGCAGAGGGUCCACCAAUAAAUGAACAAAUAACUUUAUGAAAUCUUAGUGUCAUCUAUGUAUGAGAUGUGCUUUGUGGAGGCUGCCACCUUCGCAUAAUAGAUUUUACUUUCAUUUCUAGUCGACUUUGCCAAUAUUUUUCUGCGCUGGUCGUUGCGGGACCUGGCUGGAGCUGUCUUGGCAGACGAGUGUAAGAUCACUGAGUGGACCAAGUGUCCACAAUGUUGCUGGGUGAUUGUGGGAAUCCUCUCAGCUGCCUUGCGGACUGAGGACUGAGGAUUGUGAACAUUUGUCCCUGUUUCCUUCUUCGACUGUGGUUGCGAUGCGAGACUGGAUUUUUGUGUUCAGAGUCUCGGCUCUGUUGGGUUGUCGUAUUUUUGAAGCAUCAAUGAGUCCUGCAAAUUAUGAGAGGUAGACUUGCAGGCGUGAGUGAACGAAAACAUGGACUAGGUCUUCAUUUUGACACCAAGUUUCGAUCCGCUAUCAUCCAGCCAGCUACGGGACGUUGAACUAACUAGAACACAGUCACUCUGACCGACUAGCAGCACGUGCUGGUGACUAUUAACUGGUUCUGGUCAGCGACUGCUAACAUCCUCUGACGUUGUCAUGCCGAGAUCCAAGCUCAAAGAGAACAGUGAGAUUACUGCUUAGAGGGUUGCCCAACACAGUCCGGUCAUCCCAGCCACCAGCGUCAAUCCGCAAAUCAUAACAUGAGAGUUUUUCACUUAGUCGCGGACAAGUAUCUUUAUUGCAGUGAUCGACAGCUGACGUAAAUGCGUGUGCGAAUAGAACAGAGUUGUUCGUAAAGGCGCCUUGCAUCGCAUGUAAGCAAAUCGGCCACUGACUGAUUGCCACAGAAACAGUUUAUGGCUCGCUUGAUACGAACAGGAGAUCGUCACACCGUGUCUACCAGAGGGAUUUCGUUGGCCUCUGUGAGAUAGGGUGAGACUGGAGUCGACCCCGUGAGCCUUAGCCCGGUAUCCGAAUUUCAAACAGGCAUCAGACAUUCACAUCGAAGUCAUAAAGCCUGUGCGCUGUCAGACUUCGUCCGCCAGGGUCCAGGGACGUUUGCAUAUCGUUGCGCCCAAUGCCAAGUGCCUGUUUCUGAUUACGUAGCCCAUCUCUCAUGUCAUUCGCCCGCACCCCUGGGCCGGGUUACGAGGCAGAUCGGUUCCUGUGAAUGCCGCAGCGCGACGUUUUCGUGAGAAAUUUCUCAAAAAUAUGACUUCCCUAAAACCGCUCGAUCUGGCUGUUUGAGGUUGUCUCCCUUGCGGCUCUAGCUCAAGAGUCAUACAUCAUACUCGGUUAUUACUCAUGGUGCUUUCAGCCCAAAAAUUUAUGACAGGAACCCGAGUCCCGAACAGCAGUCUGACUGAACCUGCUAUUCUCCUUAAAUUAGUACUUCAAACGACCCUUUUUCGUGUAUCUUAUUCAUAUUGUGUUAUUUUCGCACCUCAUCAUCCAUGUCUUCUUAGGCUACUUCUCUUUCUUUUCUUUUAGACCGACUUUUAUGAGAACUUAAAACGAAAAAUUGAAGAACUCCCCUCAGUUUCUAUUCUCAUAAACAACGUCGGUGUCGCAUACUCCCACCCAGACGCCCUGGCCACUUGCGAUGAUCUGACUCUUGAGAAACUUCAGAGUGUGGUUGUCUGCAACGUGACUUCAGUAACCUGUAUGACUCGCAUCACCCUACCAAAGAUGCUAAGCUCACCACCGCCAGACGGCGUUCAUCGCUACAUUGUCAAUAUUGCCUCACAAUUCGGUUAUGUUACCACCCCUUACCUUUCUGUGUACGCCGGAACGAAGGCGUUUGUAAUCCACUUUAGCGCCUCAUUAGCUGGUGAGCUAGCGGACACCUGUGUUAAGGUACAGACUAUUAUGCCAGGCUAUGUGGCGACUGCCAUGUCGGGCCUCAAACGACCAAGUUUCUUCACACCCCUUCCUUCCACUUUUGCGGCGUCAGCUUUGUCUAUGUUGGGUGUCGCAAGCCUAAAUUGUGGCUACCUUGCUCAUGAGAUAUUCCUAACCUUGUUUCUCGUCCUUCCUGCCAGACUGCGCUCUGCUAUAUGUGCACGACAUUUGCUACAUUUUCGAGACAAGUACUAUAAACGUCAAAAAUCGAAGAGUUCAUAA